AGAAAUUAUUCCCUGAUGGAGGCCGUCGAGCUGGUGGAUAUUCCUAAGAAAUCAUACAAUCCCAGUGAGCUGUCCGAGUCCCGAUUCCUGGAGUACAGCAAUCUAUCCGACAAACUGCAUUUGAGGGAGGCCAUCAACAACAUACUUAUACCCCGUGUUGUGGGCACGGGGAAUCAUAGCAUCGUGCGACAAUACAUAGUCCAGAGCUUGAGAGAUCUUGGCUGGGAUGUGGAGGUGGACAGCUUUCAUGACGUGGCUCCCAUAAAGGGCAAAUUGCAUUUUCACAACAUCAUCGCCACGCUGAAUCCAAAAGCUGAACGAUAUCUAGAGUUCGCCUGUCAUUACGAUAGCAAGUACAUGACGGGCGUGGAGUUCCUGGGGGCCACCGACUCGGCUGUGCCCUGUGCCAUGCUUCUAAACCUUGCCCAGGUCCUGCAGGAUCAACUGCAGCCCCUUAAGGAGAGCAAUCUGAGCCUAAUGCUCUUGUUCUUCGACGGCGAGGAGGCUUUCGAGGAAUGGGGACCCGAUGAUUCCAUCUACGGAGCACGGCAUCUGGCCAAAAGGUGGCAGCGUGAAGGAAAACUGGAUAGAAUAGAUUUGCUGGUGCUGCUGGAUCUUCUGGGAGCCCCCGACCCCUCUUUUUAUAGCUUCUUCCAGAACACCGAGUCCUGGUACAUGCGGCUCCAGUCCGUGGAGACACGACUGGCCAAGAUGGAGCUCCUGGAGCGCUAUGCCAGCAGUGGAGUUGCCCAGUACGAUCCCAGGAGCUACUUCCAGUCGCAGGCCAUGCGCUCCUCCAUGAUCGAGGAUGAUCACAUUCCCUUCCUGCGUAGAAACGUGCCAAUCCUGCACAUUAUACCGGUGCCCUUUCCAAGUGUGUGGCACAAACCGGACGAUAACGCCAGCGUGAUCGAUUAUGCGACGACGGACAACCUGGCGCUGAUUAUACGGCUCUUCGCUUUGGAGUAUCUGCUGGGCGGAGGCGAAGACAAGUAGUUAUGUGGUCUGUCCCCCUGUGUGGAUCACAAAUGUUGUAUCUACUCACAGCCUUAUCUAAUUGACCUGUUCCGAUAUCGAGAAAUUGUUAAAUAUGUAUUCUAAUACCCGCCGUGGAAUCUUUGAGAGAACCCUAUUGUUAACUGAAUUUGCGCUUUAAAAUUACUUAAGCAGAUCUGAAAAACGCAUAAUCCAAAUAUUUUUAUACACAAGUAUUUAUAGAGAAUGCUUAGCUAAUGACACGACAAAUUAAUAUAUAUUUUGUAAUCUUUCGGUUGUACAUUUUUGACUUACAUGUAUAGUCCAACAUAUACAUAGUAAAUGUACCUUAAAACAUAAA